AUGGAAGAAGAUGAAACUCAGCACGAUACUUAUUGGAAACACAACUUGUAUCUUCUUCAAGAACGAGCUCCAAAACCGAAGCUAGUUCCAUGUACCAGCAGAAUAUUCAACAAACCUCCUCAAUACGGCCUCGAAUACCACGGACUCAUUGAAAGGAUCGAUGCUGCAGAAGUAAUUUAUUAUUUUCUUUAUAAUUUUAGGAAGCAAUUGUGUUCACUAGAUGUAAAGCAUAGAAAGUCAGAUUUAUAAAUAGAAAGAUUUUACGAUCAAUAUUUUUAUUUUAUAGUUCAGUUAAAUUUGUUAAUUAGAAGCUUUUCAGAAAUUACGACAAAUGGGUGAAGGUGCAUUUCUGGUCAGAGGAUCUACACGGUAUGCAGAUGCCAGCACCUUGUGUAUACUUUUUGAUGGUAAAGUACUGAACUACAAGCUCUACUACGAUGGGUGUCAUUUCGUAGCCGAUAAAAGGUAUAGUGCCCUGUUGUGUUUAUAUUUAUUUUACUACUAUACGUUUAGGUUUGAGGAUUUGACACUACUAGUGGCUGAUGGGUUGAUAGCCAUGUACAUAGAAAAGUAUGCGGCAGAGUAUAUCAGGAAGAUGGCUGACGAAGCAGUAUACGAACAAAGCCCAUACUCUCAGUACACUAAGUUCAAUGAGAAUCAAGUUAGAUCAGCACCUUCCUCCACACCUAAACAACCUCACGAGUUUGUCCCGUUCACUUUUAAGAUGCCCCACUACUGUGAUUACUGCAGGAAUUUCCUGUGGGGAUUAGUGCAACAGGUGAGGUGUAACUUUAUUUACAGUAGUAUACCUUAGGGUACUUUUUCAACCAUACAACUCUCCACUUUCAGGGAGUCCGCUGUAACAACUGUGGGUUCGCAGGCCACCGUAAGUGUAGUGACCGAGCGAUAGAUGACUGUCGUCCCGACUGUAAAUACGUGAAGCGAAUGUUUGCCGUAGACCUAACGACUCUGUGUAUGGCCCAUUCUGUCCCUGUACCUCCAGUUGUGACACAAUGUGUAAACGAAGUUGAGAGACGAGGUUUGAAUGUAGAAGGAAUCUACAGAGUCAGCGGAUCACACGAUCAGAUGGAAAAAUUGCGACGACAAUUUGACCUGGGGAGUUCUGUCAACCUGGGAGCCAUAGAUGACAUUCACACGGUGGCGGGUCUUCUAAAGCUCUACCUCAGACUACUACCUCAACAACUUGUACCAUUUCACAUCUUUAACAAUGUCCUCAACGCAUUUAACUCAACCAGGAUUCCGAGGGAAAGGGCUCUACGGUGUCGGUAUGUUUUUUUAAUAUUAUUUUGCUAAUUUAAAGUUUUACUGUCAGUUCUUUUUUGGUUUUACCAUAGUUUGGUUUAGUCAAGCAUUGGACGGGCUAACCAUAGUAAACCUACGGACAUUACAUGUAAUCCUAAGCCAUUUACGGGUGAUAGCAUCGUACUCCGAGCUAAAUAAAAUGUCAGAAGAGAAUCUGGCCACAAUAUUCUCGCCAACCAUUUUCUGUACAGGAACCGUGCCUUCCUUGCCACAACAGCAACAUGUACUUCUCCAUUUCCUUAUAGUAAACCCCAAAGUGACCGAAAUUAAUUAA